AACAAGUCCUCCAGCUCCUCCUGCCGCUCCUGCUCGUUCCUGCGGCUUCUCCUCAGACACUAACGCCAGACGGUGAUGCCUCUUGGGUUGUGACUCCAGCGCAGAAACUUGGAGAAGCCCUUUGCCCGCCGUCCUACUUGGCAGCAAACCCUCUCCUAGCAGCGAAUGACCAUGUGUAGCGGAGCGAGGCUGGCCCUGCUGCUCUAUGGGAUAAUAAUGCACAGCAGCGUCUACUGCUCACCUGCCACCGCCGGACUCCGGUUCCCUGGGAUCAGGCCGGAGGAUGAGGCGUACGACGAGGACGGAACCCCGCUGCUGGACUUCUACGACUCGGACCCGCCGGGCGCAGGGAGCCCCGCCUCCGCGCUGCGCGACGCCUACGCGCUCUACUACCCCGCGCAGAAGAGAGAUGUCGCCCACGAGAUUCUUAACAAGGCGUACCGCAAAGUGCUGGACCAGCUGUCCGCCAGGAAAUAUCUGCAGACGCUCGUGGCCAAGGGCGUGGGUGGGAACCUGGGCGGCGGCGCGGAGGACGACUCGGAGCCGCUCUCCAAGCGCCACUCGGACGGGAUCUUCACGGACAGCUACAGCCGCUACCGGAAACAAAUGGCUGUCAAGAAAUACUUGGCGGCUGUCCUAGGGAAAAGGUAUAAACAAAGGGUUAAAAACAAAGGACGCCGAAUAGCGUAUUUGUAGCGAUGAGUUACCAGCUACCCUAUGUAUACAAUCCUGACACAAUGAAAAGUCGUUUUCCCAACUGAGUGAACAGUCAUCGCUCGUGUGUUCUAUCCAAAUAUGUAUUUAUGUAUGAAGUAAAGCCAUUAAAUGAAUAUUUUGAUAAUAAUAUUGUUUUUCUUUUUACAAAGCACUAGAGA